GUUAAACUAGUGUUUUGCGGCUCCCGCGUACGCGCAGACGCGUGGAUCGAUGAUCUAUAGAUCACUUUUAUAGAUCAAUCGUGUUAUGACAGCAGUGACAAAGAUCCAUUGUGUAUGUGGAAUGUGAUGUGAUUAUCAUUGUUUGAUUGAAUAUUUUUUUCUUUAUUGAAUAUCAUUCAAAGUUUUUUUUUUUAAUUCAAAUUUAUUCUUUGGCAUAUAUCUCAGUGAAACAGUUUAUUGUGUAUAUCAAUAAACUAACUAACAUUUAGAUAUUCCAAAGAUUAUGCCAAGGAAUUAUUUUAAUGAACAAGUGAAGUGUUUUGCUAAGUUAUUCAAAAUACAGAACAUGAAAUAGUGAAAUUCAAGUUAAAAGUGUGAAAACUAAGUGUAAAAAUGCGGCGAAUGAAAAUGAACAUCAACCCGGAUCUCGGUGAUCUAGAGGAGAUGCUGGCGCACGUGCAAACCCAGAUCGAACACGAAAUCGAUCUGGAGAUGGAAUCCAAAAUGCCUUCACUAACAAGCGUGCAAGAAUCACCCAAAAUGAAACGGUCAUCCUCUAUGAAGACCGACUUCGAAUACCGCAAACCUAUACCACGACCGCCUUUGAACAGAAUACAAAGCGAAAAUGGCAAAAUUGAUGAUUAUAGAAAUGAGUAUGGCCAAACUAAUUUGAUGCAAAACGGUUUGAGAGGAUCGCAGAAUAGUUUGAAGUCCAACGAGGAAUUGGGUUCUCAAAUAUCGUUCCAGUCCUUCAGGUCGGAGCCUGUCAGACAUUCGGUGAUGAGUCUCCCUGAUAAGAGAGAUAGCAGUUCCCUCAAUGGGAGGUCUAAGACUGCGACCUUGCCGAGGGGAUAUGGAUCCACGAGAGAGAAGAAUUGGGAAGAUUAUUGGGCUCACGAGCAAUCGAUAAGCAGCGCGCGCGCUUCCGUCAUGGUGUACGACGACGCCGUGAAGCGCUGGAUCCCCUCGGGCUCCAGCUCGGGGCUGUCCAAGGUGCACAUCUACCACCACACGCAGCACAACACCUUCCGCGUCGUCGGCAGGAAGCUCAACGACCACGAGGUGGUGAUAAACUGCGGUAUAGUGCGAGGGCUGAAGUACAACCAGGCAACGGCCACCUUCCACCAAUGGCGGGACGCGCGGCAUGUCUACGGCCUCAACUUCUCCUGCAGGGAAGAUGCAGACAGCUUCGCGCGCGCCAUGAUGCAUACACUAGAAAUCCUGGCGAACAAAGUGGUGAACAACACGGCGCCGCCGCCCCCGCAGGCCCCCAACCCGCCCGUGCCGUACAACGGACACAACAACACGCACUACGACGAAGACAUGGGGUACAGAACAAUGACCCGAGAAGACGCGGCGAUACUCCAACAGCCGCAGUACCACGCGCCGCUCCAUCAAGCGCACCAGCCGCCGCACCAACCCCACCAGCCGCCCCAUCAACCGCACCAGCCGCCGCACCAACCGCAUCAACCGCCUCACCAACCGCACCAGCCGCCGCACCAACCGCAGCUGCAGCCGCAGCACGCGCCGCAAGCUCAACACCACCCGCCCAGUCAGUACCACGCGCCUCAUCACCAUCACCCGGCUGCUCCUCCAGCUAGCGUGGCUCAAAACGCGCCCGCCCCGCCGCCGCACGGCGUGCACACGUUGCCGCACGCGCCCGCGCCGCCCGGACACGGACACCACCGCACCAACAGCGCGCCGAUGCCGCCCAACAUGUCGCUGUCGGCCGCGUCGACGGUGGUGGCGCCGCCGCCCGUGCCGCCGCACCAGAACCUGCCCGCGCCCGCCAAUGGUCCCAUAGCGCCCCCUACUCCACCCGCGGCUCCGCAGCCUCCACCCAUGCAACAGACCCCGCCUCCGCCAGCGCCGGCGCCGCCCCCGCCCCCGCCGCCGCCGGGCGCGCCCCCGGCCCCCGCGCCCACGCCCGCCGCGUGCCCCCCGCCCCCGCCGCCGCCGCCGCAGCCGCCCGCCGCCGACCUGUCCGGCUUGGCGGCGCAACUACAGCAGGCCAAGCUCAAACGACAAGCUAAGCAACAGCAACAGCAGUCGUCGGGCAGCGCGACCCCCGGCAGCGAGGCGUCGCCCCCGGGAGGCGCGGCCGGCGACCCCCCGGCCAACGCGCGGGGUAACCUGCACUGUAUGAUGCACGAGAUGCAGCGAACGCUCGCGCGGCGCCGCGCUCACCUCGCGCACUUGGACAAGAGCGAGCAGGAGUCGUCGACGGAGAGCUCGGCCAGCUCCACGCCCAUGAAGUCGUGGGAGCGCUCCGCCACGCUGCCGCACCGCCUGCCCGCCGCCUGCAACGGCAACUCCGCGAACACCGACGGCAGCGCGCCGGCGCAGUCGCCGCGGGCGGCGCGGAAACGGUUCGGCUCCGCUAGCGAGGAGACUAUACUAAAGCAAGUGAACGGCGGCAACGAGGCGGGCUGCGUGUCGGCCGCCGAGUGGGACAGCUUCAAGCAGGACGUGCUGCGCGAGAUACGCACGCAGGUCGGACAGAUGAAGCGGGAGAUACUUGACGCCAUGAAGGCGGAAUUCGCUCGCAGGUAAACCUGCCGCCAGCAGACCUGCGGAACAGUUCUAAGCAACCAUACCGUACAGUAUGCAGCUCCAACUGACUGGGACAGUUCUAAACAAGCCUACCGUACCUUAUGUCAACUAUAUAUAUAACAAUAUGCGUUCAAACAUAUUAGUAUGUUGGAAUUUAAAUACACCAAGUUUGUAGCGAGCAUUUUAUAAUUAUUCGUAAUGUUUUGUAUCGAGCAUAUAUACAUGGAAGUAAUGUAAUUAUAAUGAUAGUGAAAUACAUAUUAUAUAAAUGUUAUAGUGCGCAGCGCGUAUCUGGAAUAAAUAGUACAUUGAAUACAAACUGAAAAAAAAAUCCGAUAUCUGAAUAAGUACAAGGAUUGUAACGCUAAGAGAAAUAAACAAACAAACAAAUGAUUAGUCGCAAAAAAUUGUAGUUCUAACGAUAUAAAACGUGGAAAAAGCUUCGAUAAUCUGUCACAAGCCUUGCAAGAAAUAUCAGUGAUGUGCCUCGCAUUUAUCGAUAACUCAGAUUACAUGUGAUUAUAAAGUAGCAUCCAAUCGUUAAUUGAAAUCAGAAGAAGAAAUAACUACUUUAAAAUAAAGUGCAUUAGGUUCACUUUACUUUGACCGCCACGUCUCGAUCCUAGAUUUGUUGUAUGCAAACCCCGUAUGUGAUGCGCACUGUAAUAUUAACAGUUCCAAUAUACAAUAACUUAUUAUCCAACAGCAAGUAUUAAAUAUUAUUAAAUAUUGAUGAUAAUAACCGUCUACGUGCAUAUAUAAAUAAUAAAAUAUACCAAGAUUUGUAGUAAAUAUGCAACGAAUAAUACACAUAAACAGAGUAAAAAAUAAAUGUUUGGGUACUAAAUGUAAAUACAAAAUUAAUAUUUGUACAUAUUGUAUAAACAAUACAAAUAUUAAUUUUGUAUUAAAGGCAUAUGUAUUAGAUUUGACAGUUUUGAAAAAAAAUAAUAUCGCCAAAAUGACAGACAGAUCGAUCAGUACAGGUGUUUAUUAUGUAGUGGGAUAGUCCAAUUUGAUUUGACAUGCGGUUUCGAGUGUUUUUAUCAUUAACACUAGAUGUUUUACCGCAAAAGGUUACUUUAACCUUACCCUAAUAAUAAUGUUACGUGGUAUAGCAUCUCUUGUAGUUUAACUCCACCUUAGCUGGGAUAUUCCAAAAAAUAACUCGUAUUAAGAUUAAGAAUUUGCAAAUGGAAUAGAUAUGUGUAUGGCUGAAACUUGGUAAGCUGGGUCUCAAAGCGCGAACAUGCUCGACGAGCGAGCUUCCUAGCAUGUUUGAUGUCUAGAUGUCUGUGUAACUACUAUCGACAUUGUUAAUAUUAAAACAUCGAUAGUCGAUAGUGUAAUCAAUUCUCACGGAACAUCACUAUCGAACUCGCUGCAAUGAUUGACGUCAGAGACUAUAGACUCUAAUGCUCGAUGCCCCAAAUAAGGCUGAAAAAAAAAAUGUUAAAUUAAUAAAUAAUUAAAAUAAGUGUUGCCAGCAACACUGGGUAAUUUGUAUCUGGUUAUUAACUGUUCGCCAGUGUCGUCUGGGUACUGUGAUUGUAAUAAACGGUAUUAUAAGUGUUGCCAGUCGGAAAAAAAUAACAACGAUAUCAUUUUAUGUAACAGUGUUGUUAUACUAAACUGAACACCAUUGACUCCCAAACUUUGAUAGAAGUCAAUACUUGAUAAUUUAUUUUCAAUGUUUUAUUUCCAUUAUUUUGUAAAAUAGCCACCAUGUGUUUCGUAUGGAAUUUUGAAAAAAAUAUAGUAAACAUACAUCUCUCCUUUCCGUUGAGCAUCAUCCCAACAAAAUGAUUUUAUGAGCAAAUAUGGUGAAAUAUCUGCCCAAUAUUAUAACAGAAAAAAGUUAAAAUUAAAAAUUUUCAAGUGGCAGAAAUUGAGUGUAUCAAGGUUUGGCGAUAAGCUAUAUUAAGUAUAAAUGGCAAUCAGUUUCCUUAAUCGUAGGGUGAAUCGCACGAAACCAAGCAUAAAGCGAGUUGUUUUCUUUUUCUAAUUUUAUACUUAAAAACUAAAAAAAAAAAGUAUUUAUUGGUAUAUACGUAUAAACUGUGUACGUAGGCUGUAAGGAUAUACAAUAAUUAUAAUAGUGUGUUUUUGACGAUUUUUUGACCAUUUUUAAUAUCGAUAGUAAGGUAUUUACCUUAUUAUCGAGAUUAAAAAAGCGACUGAUGACUUUUUUUUCAAUAAGCUCAAAUUUUUUUACGUUAUGUAAAAUCCGGUAAGAUUGAUUUGUUUGUACAUUUUGUAUGAAAUAUUGUCAUCCAUACAAAUUUUACAGGACCUAUUUUUUGUAACAGUAACUCAGUGAAAUUUUCAUUUUAGCGAUUGCUAAAAAUAAAAAUGUAGGUACAGAAAUUUCACGAUAUGUAUUUUAUUAAUUAUUAUAAUACUAUUUGAAAAGGAUAACAAUUUGUGAUAAUCAAUUUGACAUCAUUUAGAUGUGUCAAAAUUGUGGUCAUAAAUAUAAAAACUCGUACAUUUAAAAAUCGUCAAAAACAUAUUAAAAAAUGUGUAAUAAUCGACAAGUAUCAAGUUAUACCUAGUAUUAUUAUAUUUAUUGACUAUACAAUAACGAUUAUGGUACCACGGAGUAUACAAAAAUAUAAUAUAACGCACUUUUAUAAAUUUUUUCUUCUUUCGCAUGAUGCUCACACAUAGGAGUUAAAAUAGGAGUUAACGAAGAUGAGUGUCUGUUAUCUAUCCACGAGAUAUACAACACAUAAUAUGUGUGUUAUUGAUGUGUUUGUGUGUGAGAGCAUCGUGUAACUGUGUAUAAUAUGUAUCUAGCUUAUACAAUAUUGUUUUGUAUACUCUGUGUUCUCAAAUAACCGACUCCGUAGCAUAGUAUGUUUUACUUUAGGAAGCGAACGUGUUUAAAAGUUACAAUAUAAAGUUAUAAAUGAUGUCUUUUGUCGGCUGAAAUGAGAACCUCUUUUAGCGGUCUUCCAUAAGUGAUAAUAUUUUAAAAGUGACGUCUUAACAUGUAGAUUAAUUUUCUAAAAAAAACAUAAUGAGCUAAAACUAGAAUGUAGUGCUGUAGGAUUUGUAACUCGUCAAAAUAGUACGUAGCUGUAAACACCUAUUAUCACCAAUUUUCAAAAAGGUUUCUACAUUUUUUUUUUGUAGUUCACACGAAUGUAUAUCGUCUUCCACAUAAAUAAGAGGAAAAUAAUUCAGAAAUUAAAUCAUACAUUUUGUACUUAUUUUUUAAACACCAAAUAUUUUUGCAUUACAACAAAAAGACUUACAACAAAAUAUGCAUUAAGAAUAACCAUUUUUUUUAUUCAAAAAAACAUUGACAUUGGAAGAAUAAAAAAAGUUCACAGUCAAUUCGAAAAAGAUUUCCGUUUAAUUGUUAAAACAUUACCGAAGUUUUCAAGUGAAUGAAUGUCACAAUGGCGUUAAUAUGUCAUUUUGUUGAAUUCAACGCAAUACUUCUUUUGUUUAUCCCAAUUGGGUACAGAUUAACUCCCCAGUGUCACGAAAAUGACACGAAACAGGUUGUACGGUGGAAAAAUAUCGUUUUGUAUGGAUAACCAAAAUUUGACGGUUCCAUACAAAUUUGACAGUUCCAUACAAAUUUGACAGAUGACAUUUGUUAACUUUAAAACCUCUGGGGGUCUCGAAACAUACGCCAAAUUAGAUAUAAGUGCACCAAAAAACUAUUUCAACCGGCAAAAGAUUUUUAAACCUACAAUCACAGAUUAUACAAAAAUGAUAGACAGGAAACGGGAUUUAUGAAAUAAAAAAAAAAAAAAUCUUUUAUAUCAAUUAAUUUUUGGAUAUUUUUUUGAAUAUUUAUAUAAUUUUCUGCGGUUAUUUUUUUGAAUCCCAGGAUUCUUGUUUAACUGUUUCAUACAAGGCUGUGUUUACAGAUUCUAACGCAAUUAUACUUCUUUUUUUUUAAAGUACACUACGUAAAUAGUACACGAUCGAGUACCGAUCAAUAUGGAGCGAUAAAAAAGCAUUAAGUUAGAAACUUAUUUUUUAUUGAAAACCACUAUCUAUGGAUUAUUAACCGACUGAGAACCAAACUGCUUUUAACGUUUGGUAAAAAGAUUUCGAUAUAAAACUCAAAGCCUAUGCUUUUUGUUUUUAAAUUUAUAAAUUAAUGUUAAUAAAUUAAUUCAGCAAUUAAAGUACAUUUUUAACACAAUCUGUCAAUUAUUUCUCUAAAAUGAUUGAGCCGCUGGGAAAAACAUUGGACUUUUUGUAUCAGUAAAAUUUUUCUCAGUCUAAUGCAGCCAUAAGUUAAGUUUAUAAGAUAUCAUAAAGGACUGAAGUAACACCAUUCCAUAAACAAAUAGACGCCUUUACGGCCUGGCCAUUUAAAUACAUUCAUAUUUUUAAUUUUUAUUAACUGUACACUUUUAUCGCAAGAAACCACAGACUUAAUGGAACAUAACAGAUGAGCCAAUUGGAAUUGAAUCUGGAAUGUAUCUAUUCAUAUUAUAGAAUAUGAUGAGUAAUUGUUUUUAUUAAGUACAUAGGCAUUCAAUAACUAGCCAAAAUUUCCAAUUUUAACUUUAUUAGUUUGUCAUCAUCAUCUACAUAUAUCUUAUCAUAUACUUUUUACACAUGAAUGGCCAAGUUUUUUCACAAAAGAUCUCCUUUAUUCUGAAAGUAAAGAAUAACCUUAUGCCAGAACAAUCUUGUAAUUAAUGAAAAAUAGUCGUGACUUUUUUAUAAUGCGUGUAAUAUGUUGGUGCACAUCCUUGUUUUUCAUUAAGUCUGUGUUUACAAAUAAAAAUUAUAUUAAACACAUACAUUUUUUUUCAUAUAGUGAAAAAAAAAAUGAUUUUGACAAUUUUUUGUUGCCAUAAAAAGUCCUUUUUUGGGAUAUAAUAUUUCGCACAUUUCUAUUGGAUUUUUGUUUCAUAAAAUGAAACUGGUGCUUAUGAUAGCAUACGUGAUUCCAUUUUUUUUUUAUAUUAUCUUUAUUUUUAUUUUGACUGACUGUGCAUUUAUCUUUAAGUGUAAUGCGAUUUAGAGCUUCGAAUGUUAUACACUGACACGAUACUACUAUAGCUUGGCAAAUUCGUUCGUAACACUCCCGAUGGCACGCGGGGGCCGGGAGGGGGGUAUCGAUGCCCUGCGCGCACGACUUCAUACCCGCGCAGUUUUUCCCCUCCCGUCGCCCGCAUAUCAUGGGAGUGUCAUCAACGAACUUGCCAAACUACCACCAAUCAGACGACGACUAAAUCACGUGAUAUAAUUUAUCACGUGAUUUCGCUUUUGUAUCAUUGGUCCAUUCUUAUACAAAGAUUAAUUGGUGGAAACUAAUCAAAUUAUGCAGUAUCACUUGAUAUGGAAUAUCACGUAUACGUGUUGCUAUAUGUAAUUUUUUUCAACUGGCACUUUAAAAGAUUCACACUAUUUGUGUCUAUGAAAUGAAAGACGUGAUCUCGUACUGAAAUAACGUUCUUGACCUAAUCUUGAGUUCAUUCGUAGACAAUACAGUGCCAGUUAAAAAAAUUUCAAAUGGGCAAACCUAUUUAUUUGAUAAAUAAAUCACCAUUUUGGGUGAUGCUACCAUGUGAUUCAUUAAAAAGCAAAAAUCUUAAUAUUAUUUAAAAAAUAUGUUUUUUUUUUUAAUAUCAUAUCAGAGCGUAAUUUUACAGCAGAUUAACAAACCUGCUUGUUACGAGUAAAUUAAUAUCCUAAAAAAUUAUAGUAAUUAUUACAUUCGAAGCUCAAAAUAGAUGAUUUUUUGCAUACAUCAUAAAAUGUUACAAUACGUUAACUACCUAAAAUCCUGUAUAAAUAAGUAAUUUUUAGUGAUAUUUAUCUAUAACCAGUAAGAUAACUGUAAGUAUUAAAAAAACUAAAACUAACCAAAUUUAUGUCGUCUUAAUGAAGAAAAAAGCAAGUUUAUACAAUUUUUGUAUUGGUCUCAGUUAUGUCAAAGAUUGUGUAUUUAUUGAAUAGAAUAGACUAAGAGCCGGCAGACAAUUUCUUCGAAGUACUUAAAAAAAUAAAAAAAAUAACCUUUUUUUUUACUAACAAUAUAAAAGCAUUUUGUAUGUAUGCAAAUAUAUAAAUAAUAUAUGUAAUGCAAUAUUGUUUGUACGAAAGACGUACAUGUCGAAUUUGCUUCUGUGUACAUACUUUAAAAUAUUUAAUUACUUACUUCUGGAAUUUGAGAAAAAAAGGCGUCGGUUGAGCUCAUACUUAUAAAAUUGUCAUGAAAAUUGAGAAUUUUCUAAUAAUUUUAUAUUUUAUUUUAUUGAGAAUUUUAUAUUCUUGAAAAACUUUGAAUGCUUAUAAUAGUGAAUUAUACGUUUCGGAUAACUAAUUUAAAAAUGCUGUCUUCGUCAUUUGACAUGAAGUAAUAGUGUAAGUUAAGCUAAGUAAGUAAAAACUAAGCUUACGUUUGGACUUUGUAUACUCUUCAAAAUGUGAUGAAUCCGGCCCUAAAUGUUGAGUACAGCUGUAUCUUGAAAUGUAAAAAGACUUCGAACAAAUGGUCCGCCAGCUCUUGGUAUAAAAGGUAUGUUGUGUAAAUUGUACGCCAUUUUCGACGAAUAUUGUAUUAAAUUCGCCUAAUUGUUGAGAGCUUAUUUUAUUUCUGUGGUAUGCAUAAUUUAAGGAAAUCUGUUCUUUCUUAUAUAAAAAAAAUCGGUGUAUUUAUAUUGUAAGGUGAUUUUUAUUAUUAAAUUACCUUAAAUGAACACCAAAAUGCAAGGUAGCUCGCAAACUUGGCUGCUUCAUUACCGUGUAUUAUUUUUAGCGCAUUAUGGGACAAGCUACUUUGUUCAAUACAAAUAAUGUGCUAAUUCAGUUUAAAGAUUAUUUCCAUAAAUGUGUAAAGUACACUAAAUUGACAGUUCUAAUAAUAACUCGGCUUGAAAGGGCUAGAAGCUCGAGCUGUGACCUAGGUAUAAAGUAUUGUUCCAUGUUUAAAAAAAAUCUCACGAGUUCUCCUUAAUUGUCCUAAUUUAUGGCCAAUUUUUGGCUCUGUGCCAUUUGUAUAAUUUGGGCCAGAGUUUGUAUGGAGACUAAUUUUUUCUUUCGAUUAGAUAAAAUUAUACAGUUAAACUUCGCAGUUAAAACUGAAGGUCUGUACCCCGCAUUACGAAACAAAACUCAAGUUUAUACACACAAACGCGCUUGAUCUAUUAUCUUACAUGUCUUACUAGUUACCAACACAUUUAAAGCCCAAUGGACUUUAUGUGAUACACUUUACAAAUCAAAAAAUCUAAACUACGACCUUUACUAUAUUCCUUGUUAAAAACAUUAUUUUUACAACUGUCAAUUUAGUUUUGAAACCGAAUUAGUUCUCUAGUGAGCUAAUUAUAUUAUUGCCAGUAGUUUGUCCUGUAAGUUUUUACAACGUAAAAUAAAUGCCGUAUGAGUUUACUAGAAUUUGGCUGAUUUUUGUGAUUUAUGAAAGUUAUAAGAAUAUAUACAAAGUUUUGAGCAAUUACGUAAUUUUUAGAUUUUUUUGUUUUUUAGAAAAGAUUGUUCAUUUUAAAUAGGCCUAUGAUAUUACAAGCUAUUUUGUCAAAGAAAACACUGACAUACAAGUUGGUUGUUUACUAUCUUCAGAUAUUUCUGUAAUUACAUAUCUGAAGAUAGACAAUAUAUAAUAUUAUGCUGGUUAUUAUCGCUUCAACAAUUAAAUCAAUGUUUUUUGACACGCAAAAUGUGUCUAUUAUAUAUUUAUAUGUAUAUUAUUUAGCUUUUUUCAAUUUAUUAAAUAUAUAUGGCGCUGUGUCAAAAAAAAAUCAAAAAAUUGACGCAGUUGUCGCUAUUAGUACCACAUGGUGUAAUUCAAUUUAUAACUGAUUAAUAAUUAUUAUUAUCAGAAAUAACUAUUGUUUUCAUUGCUUUGUAGUCACUUGAAUAAUUGUAAAUAUUAUUAAUUAAUAUACUUUACGAAUUAUAUUUUUUUUGUGAUCGCCAUUUUUUCGUUUUCUUUAUUUUUCCCUUCAUUUUAUUGUAUUAGUUUUUUUUUCAUAUAGCAAUAUUAGAUUUUCACUUGUAUGGUCAAGGAUUUUUUUUUCUUUGAAUUAGUUCAAUCAGUAAUUGUUUAUUUCCAUCAGUAAUUUGUGAUUACUUUUCAAAUGAUAUAUGUUAUUUCAUUCUACUGAAAUAUAGACAACAUAAGUAGGUACAGGUUUUAUUUACAGCGAAAAUAUUUCUGGACCCGUAUAAUAUAUAUUUCUCGACCGCAGAUUCCAUACGUCUUAACGAAAUAAUAAAAAAAAGAUUUUUUUAAAAAUUAAACAAUAUUUUUUUCUCGUUGUAUGUAACUUCUUCUUACUUAUUAUUUUAUAUUCAAAAAGUCGUAGCAAAAGAAAGUUACCUAGUCGCGUAAUCGUUUUGUAUGGGUAAUUAUGAAUAUGAAUUAAACGUAAGUAUGUAUUGAAUGAAUAAAACGGUUCGGAUGUAUGUAAAAUGUAAACGCCAUACUAAUUUAAGAUUCCUUAGAACACUGCCAAUAUAUUAGAACAAACUACUUUGAAUUGACGUAACUUUGCAUUUAAACGAAGUAUUUCAGGUUUUUGUUGUUUUUUUCGAUGGAAAACGCUUUUAAAUCAUUUUUUUUAGAUAAUUUAAAAGUGAUUUUCGUGAAUUUAUUAAAUAACCGUUAGGUAUGCGAAGAUAUGUCGAUUUUUAGUACAAAUAUUCACUAUUAUACCUAUGGUUCUGAAUUUAUAUAAUUUAGGGGAUAUACCAAAACAAAUAUCGUAAUUUCUACUAAAUUCUACAAUAGUUAGUAGCUUUUUCCGAUUGGCGUUUACUGAGGAGUGCUAGCUUACUGUUGUAUGUGUACAUAAUUAUGCUGGAGUCAAUAAAUUGAUACGUAAGUAAAAUAAA